GGUCAGCCUUCCACGCUACGUUGCCUUACCUGAAGCAUUUGCCUGGUGGUAAUUGGGCAGGCCUCCCAAGCAACCUCUCAAGCCUAGGACGGGGAUUCGAUGUUGCGACACCGAACCCAGCACUUGCAUGACCAGCCAGCUCAUGACUCCAUCCGGCCUGAUUACGAGCUACCUCCCGUCAAGCCAUUAUCACGCCUGCAAGGCGCCUCGCUGAACAGUCCGCAGGACUCGAGGAUACUUUCUUUUGCACCUCUUUCUGACAUUCCAUUCUGUGUUCUCACUUCCUGCAAUCUAUUCCACUAACACACACACGGUCCGCUCAACCAAACAGGCCGUGGCUGCUAACCCCGCUGCCUUCCAUCGCCCUUCAGGAGUCCAUGUCCGACAGCAGUCGACCUGCUGCUUGCCGGCCUGGACUUCGCCCUGACAGUCUCCCAAGUCCCCCCGUUACUACCAUCGCAGCAAAGCAUCUCGCCCCUUUCACAUCCACGGCAUCUGUUGCUCUCAGCAUGGGUCGAACAAUUCAUGACGAGCCUGAAGUCAAGCAUCACACAGCCGCUUCCCCGGCAACACAUGCGUCGGCAAUUUACGUCGAAGACAGGACAUGUCCCAUCUGCCAGGAGCCCAUCGGCAUCCGCAACCCAGACGGCAUCAUAGAGGGCUGGAGCGAGCUGCCUUGCGGCCACCGCUUCGGGAGCUACUGCAUUAAGCGGUACCUCGGCAUCGCCGCCGACGACCACCCGCUGUGUCCCGUCUGCCGACAGAUGGCGUACCACGAUGUCUGCGGCCACCCCGUGCUCCCGUUUGUUGUGGAAUCUUGCUACACACACCACGAUCUGGUUAAAGACUCGACGACCGCGGGGACGCUGCGCACGACGCCGAUGAGAGAGGAGGAGCUGAUGACGGUGGCAUGCCACUAUUGCAAGACGAUAGAUGAGCAAAGCAGGGAGCACAUCGCCAACAACAAUAAAAAGAGUGGCCACGACCAACGCCUUAGCCGUCAGGAAGCGCGCACCAGAAGAAGAAUCCCGCCGAACAGUGGCCCCUGGCAAGGGCCAUGGCUGGAUGUGCAAACUCGAGACGUGGAGUGGGAGAAGUGGUGGAAAGACCAGGUUCCUCGAGGGGCCUGAGUUGUGCUGCAAGGGGUUGGGGUGGGGGGGUUGGCUAGGAAUCUAUUGGCACGCAUACCAAGUACUUGCCAUUUGCAGAGAUGUCGGAUCUGUUGGAAAUCCCAACUCUUCGCUGCUCUGCUAGUGCUCUGUCUUCGAUUUGGACCACAUCUACUCGCGGGAGAUUAUAAGCGCUAGCACGGGCAGGAAUAGGUACAUACCAGGAAUCAUAGCUGAAUUUGCAUGUGAUGACCCAGGAGGUUUAAAACCGGAGCUCCUAAGGUCUUUGCCGUGUGUAGACGUAAGCGUCUUCGGCCAGCACCCUGGUGCCUUGAGCUAAAC